AAGCUGUGAUUAAAGUUAAAACAAGAGGGAGGAGUGGAACUCAACCGUGUUCUCCUGAGCUUGGUUAACAAGCCCGUAUGGAUUUCAGAACCAAGGCCAACAUUUGUCCUUGUGAGUGGCCUGGGCAGCGUGUAUGUCUGCAUCUGAGCAUCUGUGUACGGAGGUUCCCUUGUGGUGAUGUAUUGCGGCUCUCAGGACCGGCAGGUGUUGGAGGAUGAUCUCUACCAGGGAGAUGGGGAUGAAUCUGAGACAUCAGAGGCCAUCAGUGAGCUGGAGUUCCACCUCUACAGUCAGCUCCACUACUCUUCCAACUCUGGGCAUUUGGAAGCGGAAGAUGGAGAGGAGCAGCCUAGCCAGGAGAUCAAUGCGGUUGACAAGACUACAGAGACGGUCGUUGAUGUAGACCUUGAAAACUGUGCCAAAAAGAAACCACGAUCAUUGAAGACUGUCAAGCUGCAGGAGCAAUGCAACAACAGUGAGACACGGGUCAAACGGAAGAAGGGAAAAAGUGUUCCAGAAGUCCAAAGACCAUCACCGCUAUUUGAGGACGUCAUCAUCAUUGACUCCAGCCCCGAAGUUAUAAGCAUCUCUGAAAGUCUCUCCUCCUCUUCAGAUGAUGACUAUGGGGUUUGUGCCUUGAAGGGAGGCAUUGGACUCCCACUGCUGACAUCCACCCUGGUCCCAAAGACACCACAUAGAAAGGUGGAUGUCAUCACUCCAGUGACUUUGGAUUCAAGCAGCUCCCAAUCUGAUUCUGAGUUGGAGUACAAAUCUGAUUCAGACUUAUCCCUUUCAUCCAACUCCUCCAAUUCGGAUGUUGUGGAAAAAUGGAUGAUCCUGGGUCAAGGGAACGAGGAUGGAGACCAAUGCAUUUCACUCAACCUGCAAGGCGGUAGUGACAGCAAUGCAGAAGUUGAAGAAGAUGGCAACUGGGUGAUUUCAGUCAAGGACAGGGAGGCUCAAAUCUUCAACAAAGAUGGGCGAGGCAGGGCAGCCGUAUCGCGUGUUGUCAACAGAUAUUAUACCGAGAAGAAUGUCCGUUGCCGAAGCUGUGAUAAAAUUGGACAUCUUUCCAAAAACUGCCCUGAACCCAAAAAGCCCGUUUGCUUCCUUUGUGGCAAUUCUUGUCACAAGACCACUGAGUGCCCCCAUAAGCACUGCAACAACUGCGGCCUUCCAGGUCACAUGUACCGUUCCUGCAAUGAGAGGCCUUACUACCACAAACAGUGCCACCGCUGCGGUAUGACGGGCCACUUCUUUGAUGCAUGUCCCGAGAUCUGGAGACAGUACCACAUCUCGACCAAGGUGGGUCCUCCUCAAAAGCCGCAGCGGGAGGACAAUGGCCGAAGCCCCGCCUACUGCUAUAACUGUUCCAAAAAGGGUCACUUUGGCCAUGGGUGCACUCAGCAGAGGAUGCUCAAAUGGACAUAUGCUACCACCCCUGUCAUCAAUUAUUACGACACCUCGAUAGACAUCAAACGCAGACAAAACAGACUGAAGAGCAAGGCUGAAGAACUGAAGAAAAAUGGCUUUAUGCCCGACAAUUCUCAGACUUGGCUUACGAAUGGAUCACCGAAGAAGAAACAAAAAAUCAGCCAUGCAACCAAUGGCCACCUCUUGAACAAUAAAUUGGACAGGACUGCUUGCAACCCCAAAGCCACGCACAACCAUAUAUUUUUUAAUGACGACAGUGACUCUGAGGCUGCACUCUUUCCCAAAAAUAAGUUUAACAAGCACAAACGACAAGCGAGCGCAGGGAAACAGUGGAAGCCCAAGAGAGCGGUGCCGAAGGAACGCCCCGCACUGCCCAAACUCAUCGUAGAUGACGGGGGAGAUUUUCCCAGAGGAAAAGGUGGAGGAGUGAAACCCAAGAAGAAGAGUAAGAAGAAUAAACAAGGUUCAGCAGCGGAGCUCGAAGAUGAUUUUAGGACAGCACCUGGCAAGAUGAAGAAAAACAAACAUGAAAAGAGAAAUCGAUAUAACAAAAUGGCUCUAAAGAUGUAUCCAACAGAUGAGAACCUGUUUAACAUAAAGCAAAGGAAAUGCAAGCGAUAGCAGUGUGUAGUAUGAGCCUGUCGAGGUGCCCGACUGUAUUUGAGUGUGUGUCAAGGCUGCUAACAGGGUCCGACGUUAACGGUGACCACGUGAAUGAGUCGGGCCACCCAAAGUUCACAGAUGCUGGCCCGACUGGGCCACCAGCACAAGUUUAAUAAAUGAAUGAGACAAAAUCAACAUAUUCUUUCUUUUUUCAGUGUCUAGUAUUCAAUAUUUAGAGUGUUAUCACUUAAAUUGAUCGGAAAUCAUCUGUGCUCUUUUUACUCUCGUUGUGCACAUUAGAUAGCCCCCAUUCAUUGACACAUGGCAUGCGACAUACGAGCGUGCGUAUUCUCCACUCGGUCUACAUGCUUCACCAUUUCAUCCACCAGUAGGCGUAUAUAUUUCGUUUUAAAUUUUAAGUUUUGGUCUAAAUCUUAAUGUCUAUAUACUGGGGAGUGGAGUGUGGAUAUUUUUUUAUAAGUGGCUGCCUUGAUACCCCAUACUUGCGUGCAUUUUAGCCGCUGAGACGACGCGCUUCGUUUCACCCACAGGAAGGCCGACAUAUGUAAAUGGAGUGUUGUUUUAAAUUAGGGCCAGUGUCUGUUCUGGCAGGACCACUUCAACUUGGCUCAGGGUGGCCCGACUAUGACCAUCCCAAAAGGCCUAAUAUCGGACUCUGGCUGUUAGUAAUUUUGCGUUAACAAAAGUCUAGUAGUGUUAAUUUGUUCUGUUCAUUCCUGUUUCAAUUCAGUUUGUCUCCAUUAAACAAAAAUAAAUUGUAUCUUAUUUUGUUCUGUUCA